AUGGAUCGUCAAGAUUCCGAUGACAUCAUGAAGUUUCUUGACGGCAUGGCUAGCUCCGACGACGUUUUAUUUGGUUUUCUCGACGGGGGAAACCAUUCACCGGAGGUUUACCCUGAUUCCGGUAACUUCACCGCCGGUGAAGAAUCCGAUGCUGAAAACGAUGCAGCCGGUGGCAAUUCCGAAGAGAACAAAACGUUUUGGCUUGAACAAGAGCAACUUCUCCAGGCGACACUUUAUAGGACAAGUUCAACUGAGACAAAGAUUCGACAAGCAACGAAACAAGCUUUGAAAGAAGUGCGAUCAAAGGGUACGCAAUGUGUCUGCCGGAAACCCGUGACCGGCGGUUGCCGUAGCUGUUUACGCGGCGAAGUGUCUCGUCGUCUCCGAGACGCUGGAUAUGAUUGCGUCAGCUGCAAAUCCAAAUGGAGAAGCAAUCACGAGAUCCCUGCAGGUGAGCAUGAAUAUUUGGAAAUCGUGGACCAAUCGGGAUCGAAGAAAAGCGAGAUCCGUGUUGUGAUUGAGCUAUCUUUUAGGGCGGAGUUUGAGAUGGCGAAAGGUAGUGAGGAGUACAAGCGACUCGUUGGAAUGUUACCGGAAGUGUACGUAGGGAAAACAGAGAGGCUAAAAUCACUUAUAAAAAUACUGUGCAUGGCUGCGAAAAAGUGCAUGAAAGACAAGAAAAUGCACAUGGGUCCUUGGAGAAAACACAAGUACAUGCAAGCCAAGUGGCUCGGCACCUGCGAGAGAAAAUCUAUGAAGCUGGUUUCGGAGACUGAGACGGAGGCUGAGGAGGAUAUGAUUGCCAAAGCAAAACAGAGGGUUUCUAUGUUGAAUUAUGGUAUUUUUGGAAAUCUAUCCACCGGAUUGAGCCGUCCGACCGCCGGAAUGGACCGUCCGACCGCUGUAGCGGUCGUGUGAUUAUAUAUACAGACGGAAGAUGUGAUAUGUAAAUUAGGGUGAGAUUAAGAGAAGUGAGUUUUGCAUUGAGAGUUUGCGUGGAAUCGUCUCACGGAUGGUGUUGUGUGCCUAAACAGGGCUACUUCCUGAACCCAUUGUAGUAUGUCAUCUUAAUGAAAUAAAAUGAUAUUCCACUUACAUAAAAAUUGAUGGAGUUUUCGUCGAAUCAUUUGAUUAUUGUCGAUAGUCAACACGGCUUUGUAAGUCACUUUGGCACAUGUACAAAACGUGAAUAAAACAAAGUAACUAUAA